AAACAUGGCGGCGGCGGUGUGAAGACCGGCAAAUCGUUCGCGAUUCCACUGGACAGAAUAUCCCUGCUGUGGCCGACGAGACCCGAGGCGCAUGGCGACUUCAGGCCCUGAGAGAGCACCAGAAGGAGAUACCAUGGGGCAAACAGUAAAUGAAGAUGAUUUCCAUUGGGACGAUUACUUGAAAGAGACUGAAUCUUUAAGGGCUCCUUCAGAGUGUUUCAGACAGGCCAAAAUUCCACCGGCUAAUGACUUCGAAGUUGGUAUGAAAUUGGAAGCCCAUGAUCCUCGCAAUAUGACUUCAGUAUGCAUCGCUACAGUUGUUGGAAUUACUGGUGCUAGACUAUGUUUAAGAUUGGAUGGUAGUGAUAACAGAAAUGAUUUUUGGAAACUUGUCGAUUCUCCAGACAUACAGCCAGUUGGAACAUGUGAAAAGGAAGGGCGCUUACUUCAGCCUCCACUAGGGUACCAGAUGAAUCCGUCAUCUUGGCCAAUGUUCGUUUUACGAACUCUGAAGGGAUGUAAAAUGGCUCCUGCAGCAUUAUUUAAGGAGGAACCACCAAAGCCACCUCUAAAUAAUUUUAAAGUGGGAAUGAAAUUGGAAGCUGCAGACAGAAAGAACCCUUAUAUGAUUGGCCCUGCAACUGUUGGAAAUGUUAAAGGAGAUGAAAUUUAUAUCACAUUUGAUGGCUGGAGUAAGGGUUUUGAUUAUUGGUGCAAGUAUUACUGUCGAGAUAUUUUCCCAGUAGGGUGGUGUCACUUGACAGGAGAUGUAUUACAACCACCAGGAACUCAUGUUUCUAUUACAAAGAAUAUAGCAAAAACACAGCCUUCCCCUUCCAGAGCAACCCAGCAUUCAAUGCAGUCUCCACAGAAAACUGCUGUAAUAUUACCACCACAGCAGAAUAGGAAGUCAGGUCGGACUAAACCACCUGCACAAACUUCACUCCCCAAGAAGGGAAGUUCUGUUAAAAAUAGUACACCAAGGAAAAAAGGCCCAAACUCUGGAAGAAAGGAGAAACAGCUUCCUGUUGUGUGUUCUACAUCAACAGCUUCUAUGAAGUCUCUGAUCAGAAAGUAUCGCUUUUCAUGUGUUAAGGAUGCUGUUCCUGAGGCAUCUAAAAUAGUGAUGUCUACAGUCUGUGUCUAUGUAAACAAACAUGGAAACUGCGGCCCUCACCUGGAUCCAAACAAAAUCCAGCAGCUGCCUAACCACUUUGGCCCGGGCCCUGUGAAUGUGGUGCUCCGGCGGAUUGUGCAGGCCUGUGUGGAUUGUGCCAUUCAAAGUAAGACUGUUUUUGGAUUCCUUAAGCCAGAUGAUCGUGGAGGAGAAGUGAUAACUGCCUUCUUUGAAGGGGAAACUCAUUCCAUUCAGCUCCCGCCAGUGAAUAGCGCAUCAUUUGCUCUUCGCUUUCUUGAGAACUUAUGCCACAGCAUGCAGUGUGAUAACCUUUUAAGUAGCCAGCCUUUUAGCUCUUUCAGACCUAAUACUGAUAGUCCUGCAGAGCAUGAUAAAAGUAAAUCAGUUAAAGAAGACGUAACAGAAAAGAAAAGCAUCAAACGAUCUGCUCCAGAACCUCUGCCUUCCGUAGUUCCUCUGUCUCCUAAGCUUUCCAAUACAGAAGUGUAUGGUGUUAAAGAACUACUCUCUUCUGAGGGAAGUGGCAUGCCCAAAGAGGAAAAGCUCCCUGAAGGUUCCAAGAACUCACCUCUAAAUCCUGAAAAUUCUUUGAAUCUUGCCAGCGGAGAUCAUCCUAUAAGCACUCAAAAAACCACAGUCUCCAGGAAUUUUUCUCCAAGUGUGCCAGGUACCUCAAGUUCAGCACUAGUGGGGAGAAAAUCAUCUACCAAGAGCAGUCACCGUAAAGUUAAAUUCCGAAUACAGAGGAAAAGUGAAGCUACAGGUGCACCACCAGUUAGAGCUGGCUCGGAUAUGCUGCAGCGAAGCUUCUCUGAUGACCCUGAAUCUUGGUCCGUGGAAGAAGUGAUUCUGUUCCUGAAACAAAAAGAUCCUCAGAUAUCAGGCCUCCUCGCUGACAGCUUCAGGGAACAUGAAAUUGAUGGGCAGGCUCUGCUACUACUCAAAAGUGAGGUCAUGAUGAAGUAUAUGGGGCUGAAGCUUGGGCCAACAUUAAAGAUAUGUUACUACAUUGAGAAACUUAAAGAAGGAAAAUAAAAUUGAAAAAAAAUGUAUAAUCUUAGAUUGGACAUAAUUCUUAGUUGUCCUGAUAACUUUAAGUAUCUGUAUUCUCUUAGUUUUUUCGUAAACAGUUCCUCUAAAAAUAUGCUACACCCAGCACUGCAGAACUACAUCACAGUCCAGGCUGCUUUAGAAACCAUUUAACAUGUUAGUAAUAGCAUAUCCAAAUUGGCAGUUCUUUAUGUCUUUUUAUUAUAUUACAGUCUAUUGUUUUUAUUAUACAGUUUUCAAGAGCACUUUGUGCUGGAAACAGAAACACCUUUGAUUUUGGUUAAUAUUUAUAUGUAGGAAAAAAACAUCUAAAUCACAAAGGGGAGAGGAUCAGGGACUGACAACUUCUCAAAUGAAAUUCAGGAUAAGUUUUCUUUAGAAGAGAAUUUAAAGACACAGCUGUAUCAUCUCUUUCUCAAAUAUUUUCUGUCUCUUACAGCAAUGCUCUCUUCGUGUUUUACCAGUUUCCACAAAGGGAAUAGGCAUAUGUUAUUUUCCUUUUGUUAUUAUUUUUCUGUAUGUUGUAUUUGUUCAUAUUUAAAGAAAAACAAGCUUACUAAUUUUCAUAAAGUGUUCUUAGUUUUUGAUGAACCUUGAACAGUUAUAGGAUAGAAUGGUUGUUUUAUGCAGGAGACAUUAUACUACAAGUAUGGUUUUGAGUCUGACUAAAUUUUUUUCAGUGAAAUACCUGUAUCUGAAAACUUUAGAUUAGACAUUUAACCAGACAUUCAGUUGUGACUUCUCUAUAUGAAGAGACCUAAGCCCAAAUUUUAAAAAGAUAAAUAUUUUAUUGUCCGUGUUUAUUCCUCAUACGGAUGCUGUACUAUAAUUAUAUAUUAUUCUAUACCUGCAGGUAUACAAACAAGUAAAUCUGUUCUUUUUGAGUUUAAUAUUUUACUUUGCACUGCUACAGAGAUAAUGAUUAUUUAUAAAGGUAGAUGUUUUUAUUCUGUAAAAAACAGGUGCACCAUUUGCUGUCAUUAGUACAUCUCAGCUUAGUCUUCAGGGGAUAAGAAACAAUCCAUAGAUUGGUUUCCAUACAGGGAAGUUCUCUGUCCUAUGCAAUGUUUCUACUUAAUAUGCUUCACUCUGAGCCAUUUGUUCUGAUACAUUUUGAAGAUGUAUUAAUUCGAACAUCACUUUAGGCUUUAUUUUCAAAAAGAAACUUUAAAGUUUUAGAACUUUAAAGGGGAAAUGGUGCUAUAUGUUUAUUAUUAUUACUUUGUGUAACUAUGGUGUAAUGUUUAUAAGCUAUGAAAAUCUGUGCUAAAAAUAUUAGCCAUUUGUUGUAAAUGCCAACAAAACAUACACCAGGGGCAAGAAUGUAUAUUUUCUUUUUCUAGAAAACCAAAUAUACUUUAUACAUGAAUGCAAUUAUUUAAAGUGUUCUUGUGAUGUUAUUCUUUUUGUGUUAGAAGACAAAAUUCUAAUUUAAACUUGGUCUUUUUUCAAAUUGUAUGAGGAUGCUGUGCCCAGUUGAACAAUCCUCA